AUGGAGAAAGUGCAGCAGCCUGCAGAUGGCAUGGACCUCUCAAAUGCAGAGAUCACACUGCAAGGUAUGCAGAACGCUGUGCGCAGUGGCAUGGGUUUGCUGGGCAUGCACCCGUCUGCUCCUCUUGGCCACCAGCUGUCAGCCCAGAGAAUGCCUGGCCUGAUGCCCUUGGAGCUGCGGCCCAAUCUCCUACAGGGUGCCAAUGCCCGCUUCCCCCUGCUCAUGCAACAAGGCCUUUCCCACCAAGCCAGCCUGCUGGAUGCCUCCCUCCAGGCACAGGCCCAGGCCCAAGCCCAAGCCCGCCUUCGAGGCCCCUUCCAGCAGAUGGAGGCCUUCAACAGGGCAUCCAACCCCCCAGCUGCUGGUCCAGACAAGCAUGAGGAGGAGCCCCCGAGCAGAGUAGAGGGCAGUGCGCAGCAGGAUGGAGACCAGGACUACCGUUUCCCCCCGCCAGAGAAGAAACAGAGCACCGGCCUGCUGAGGACCCCUCCACCCGAGAUGAGGGAGUCCUCCAACAGACCCGCACUCUUGGAGAGACCCCCCCGACCCUCGCUGCUAGGGGACGGUCGCAAGGACCCCCUCCCCGGAGGCUUUCGAGGUGAGAGCCGAUGGGGGCCGCCCAGAGGAGACGUGCCCAGAGGAGACUUUGAUGAGCGGGACAUGCGGGGGGUUACGACGGGGGCCCCCAAGGGUUUCCAGGAGGAGCGGCCAAUGGCCAACUUUCCCAACCGCUUUGAGAUGCGCAGUGGAGGAGCAACAGGAGGAGGAGGAGGAGGAGGAGGAGGAGGAGGAGGCGGCGCUGCAGACAUCCACCAAGACUUUGAUGACAGGCGGCGACCGUGGGAGAGGCAGAGGGACCGUGACGAGCGAGACUUUGAUUUCCGAAGGGAGUUGAAUGGCAACCGGCCCAACAGAGAGCGGGAACGGGACAGGGACCGGGAGAGAGACGGGCCGAGAGACGGGCCCAGAGACGGGCCCAGAGACGGGCCGAGAGACGGGCCCAGAGACGGGCCGAGAGACGGGCCGAGAGACGGGCCGAGAGACGGGCCCAGAGACGGGCCCAGAGACGGGCCCAGAGACGGGCCCAGAGACGGGCCCAGAGACCGAGACAGGGAGCGUGGCCGAGAUCGCAAUCGUGAGCGAGACCGAGACAGAGAGUGGGAUCGUGACCGGGACAGGGACCGUGAGCGCGAGGCUGAGCGAGAGAAGAGGGAGGAGGAGAGGAAGCGAGAGCGUGGUGGUGGUGGCGGCGGCACGUGGACCCCUCUUACUCCUCUGCCCCAACCACAAGCCCCAAACCAGCCUCUCUUACCCCUCCCACAGCCCAAGCUUGCGUCUGCACCUCGCCCUCUUCUCCCUGACCCCAGGCCUCCUCUUCUCCCUGUUCCUCGUCCCCCCAUUCUACCUGAACCUCGUCCCCCCAUUCUACCUGAACCUCGUCCCCCCAUUCUACCUGAACCUCGUCCUCCCAUUCUACCUGAACCUCGGCUGCCUCUGCUGCCUGAUCCACCAGCUCAAAUGCAGCCAGAUCACAAACCAGACCACAAACUAGAGCCCCAACCAGAGCCCCAACCAGACCUCAAACCAGAGCCCCAACCAGAGCUCAAACCAGAGCCCCAACCAGAGCUCAAACCAGAGCCCCAACCAGAGCUCAAACCAGAGCCCCAACCAGAUCUUCAAGUGGAGCCCCAACCAGAUCCUAAACUGGAGCCCGUACUGGAGCCCGAGUUGGAGCCCAAAGCCGAGCUCAAAGAAGAGGUCCACCCAGAGCCCACACCGGAGCCCAGCCCAGAGCCCUUCCCUGAGUCGUCACCAGUCACCAGCAGCGCUGGGGAGACCGCAGAGCCCCAGACCCCAGAGUCUCUACCAUGCGUGAAUGGUGACGAGACAGACACAGGGCCUGCUGAAGACCCCGCCCCAGAGCCUGUAAGCCCACCAGUUUGCAGCUCUACGCCCUCCCCUACCCAGUCCCCAUCUCUCUCCCCAGUCCCGGACGAGCCCCCUGAACAAGGGAGCGUCCAGGCCAAGCUCAGCCCCCCUGUGGUGGACAUAGACACUGAACAGAGUGGGCCGAAGGAGGACGCUGAGACAGAGCCAGUGAAAACCCUAGAGAAAACAGACACUGAGGGGACAUAAUCAUCACUCAGUAGGUAAAGAUCAUUUUGUAAAGUUGUCAUCUCUGUACUCGUUUAAGUGGUCCAUGCAGGAUCGCCACAAGUUAACUCACGCUGUCUUUGACACCCUAACAAAUGGUUUUAUUCACAAUGAUGGCCAACAUCCUAGAUGGCUCACGAUAGAGGAUUCAAUGGUAGGUAAUGUUUUUAUUGUUUUGUUCUGUUUUCUAUUUUCUAUUUUCUUUGGUUUCAAAUGCAAUCCCACUACUUUUAAGCUAGGUUACUUUUAUUGAAAAUUGCUUGCCAAAAUGUUUUAGCAUAAUUGUAAAUUGGGUGGGGCGAGAGCUUUGACCUUCCUAUGGAAGAGAGUACGAAUCCUGGCUGUUCCCAAUUGAUGGCUGAAUACUUGAAAACAGUGGUUGCUGGCCUGGUCGUCUCCUCUGUUUAAAAAAGAAGAAACAUACUGCUGCAAAGUUUGAUGAAUGCCUUUGUGCUGUCCUUGCUUCUUGUCUCUUAAGCAGAAUAUAUAUAUAAAUAUAUAUCUACACACACACACACACUCACUCACAUACACACACACACACACACACCCACAGCAAAUCAGUGAGAACAGUACAAAGUUUUAGUUGCUUUGAAGAGGAACCUUAAAAGAAAAAAAUGAAAUAUGAUGUUACCCCAUGUUUAAUGUCUGUGAUUUUAUCAUAUUGCAGUGAUUUCAAUAAUUAAGUCUCAAAAAAAGUCGUCUAAAGGACAAAUGGAUGUUGGGUACAUUUUGUUUUUAGUUGAAAAUAAACAUGCUCUGUUUGUUAAAAAAAAAUGCUUUAGGACUGUAUUUUCUCUGGAGGAAUGCUUCUUUUGCACACAGAUCAUGAGACGAUCUCACAAAGUGAUUGUCGGGGGGGUCGACGGGGUGAGAAAACGGAGUUGGGCCGCUUUUAGAUUGUGUUUGUCUCGUGUCUUACAUUUUCUCAGCCUUCCUCAGUCUGAAAGAUGUUUGCUCAGGCUUGUGUUUUUGAAACCUACAGGCCAAGUUUGCUUUUGCUGAUAGAGGUUAUGUGACUGAAUUCUUUUUAUGGCAACUACUUCAACUGCUGUGGAAUAGAUGUUACACGCUUUAAAAAUAGUUUUCUACGUGGUCUGAUCAUAACCUUUCUUCUGAAUAUGUCCAAGUUUCCCAAAUUCCCAUUACUAUUUAGAUACUGUAGGUAUGCUAUAGUUCAAGGCAGGAAGACAGAUCUGGCAAAUUAGAUCCAACCAACUUGUAUUCAUGAAACUUUCAAUAAGGUCAUAUUUUCUGGCCUGUUUGUUUUUGGCACUUUCAACCAGAUGUUUCAUAUUUAAUGUGAUUUAAUUUGAAUGUGUUAACUUUAAUCUCUUGUCCAGCCGUGCUUCUUAUGCAAAGGCUUCUGCUUUGCUCGUUUUACCCUUGGGAUCAUUCUUACACCGGCUCCAAGACAAAUGUCAUAUCACAGCCUCAGUAUGCAAAAACCUUACCACAUGACCAGUAGUUUUUACCCAGGCAAUGAGGAUGAAGGUUGAAAUUUGCAAGUGAAAGAUCUCUUUUGUUUUGCAAAUUCUUAUCACAACCCUGUAAAAGAGCAGAAUGGCAAAUACUUAGUAUACCAAGUUCCAUUUCACCCAAUUAAUGUUGCAUGUAUUAACAGGAUAAUAUGAACAUUCAAAGUUUGUCUAGUAAUGCCACCAGGUAUACCAACAACACUUGAUAUAUGGCCUACAUUUUAACACACAAGUCCAUCACCAAUGCCAGUAUCACCAGUAUGAAAAUAGCCAAUUAACAAACUCAAAAAAACGACACUAACCCUAGUACUUUACUUCUACUCUGCGCACCAAGUGACAUGAUCUCUAUCAAACACCACAUACGUAUCACAUUUUAUAUACAAAACAAACCAAAAAUAAAUGUUCACAUACAAAAUAAAAAAGCACAAAUAAUAUUCACUAAAAUAACUCCGUUCCAUCACAACUAAAAUAAUGUCAAGAAUCUAUCUGACCUGUGACCUGUAAAGACAUGCCAGUGGCUCUGAAGUCGAUCUGAGGAGGCUGUUCAUCUGACCGUCUGGUGAGGCCUCGGCACAGAGAACAACAAAGGUGGGCUGGCAGCCAGUAGGGGUGGGGUGGGGUGGGGGAGCGUGUGGGAUCCAGGGACGCCAGAGCACUGACGCUUCAGGAGUGCUGACUCCGCACCACACUGCAGUUUGGCCUGCCUAGCACCCUGGCCUUAGUCUCAACACAAUGCCACCUGCCGCAGGAGACAAUCUCCUCUUGUGUCUGCACUGGAAAUACAAUUAAAAGCAGGCUAUGAGACUAUUAUGCCUCUCAGGUUUUAUUUAUAUCUCAACAGUAUGAUCCCACAAAUGUUUUAGAUCACACCAAGACGAGCUGGUUGGCAGAGUCUCACUGCAUAAUAGACUGCGUAGUCACAGAACAUUUAGAAGCAGGACUGGGAGGACAUGACCCACUGAUUUCUGAUGCUUGCUGAUUAGCCAGAUUUUUGUAGCAUCUGGUAGUAGUCUCCUAUCUAGAAACAUUCCAGAAUUCAACACAGCACACCUGUAGAAACUGCCCAACAACCCCCCAACCCUCAUCAAAAACACUAGCAGUCCUACCAAUAGAGCAGGUCUAAAAGAACACGCAGGAGGGCAGCUGAAAUAUUAGCAGAGGGAAGGACUUGUGAAUCCAUCCCGUAUCAAGUGGAUGUGACCGAUUGGGAAGAGCGUGGCAUGUCUGGGUGUCACUAACCCACCUCAUUGCCAAGUCUCUUGACAGUUUCUCCUGGAGAGUAGGAGGGCUUUUUGGAUUGGCAUUCCCCUUGUCCUCAUACCAACCCGGGCACAGGGCUUGUGCCAGGCACUUCAUACCACACACAAACAUGCGCUCUUGUCAGGCCCCAAGGGGCAGUGGAGUGGAGCUGAUCCUUCAGUGUGGAGGCAUAAAACCCCAGAGGAAUGUUCACACAGAUCCGGAGUUCAUUAAGGACCAGCUGUGGCCAGGUGGAGAUCAUUAGUCAUCCAAGCAGUGUGUUUUACAUUUUUAACUACACCAUGCUGGCUUUAGAUUGCGCUUCGCCUAAUGAGCUUGUGCUUAAACUGUCAUCAAAUAAUAGCUGAGCCGCCUGUAGAUUCAUCCAAACACAUGUGCAACAGUGUGUACUUCAAUUUGUAGUCAUUUUCAUUAAAUUGUUACAAUAAUGCACAGUCUCUGAACCGUUGCAGAGAGAAAGGUCUGUCGAGUCAGACGCUACUCCUGAACGCAAGUGCUCCAAAGAGCCUGUAGAGGGCAGUGUGGCUCUGCUGCAGUGGUUGUCCAGGGUAUUUGCUAAAUGAUGGGUGGAGGGUUAUUCGGUCUCCUUUUUCUCAAGAAGCAUCCAUGCGCUGCAGUGCCCAAAAUGAGCUUAGUUGACAGUGCCCAUGCAUUUAACGGAAGCUUAGACUCUAAAGCAACCUGAACACAAUACUGCCUACCGUGACGCCUAUCCUGCCGGUCAGGCAUCCUUAGAAUAUGUUAUUGCAGUUCUGUCACUGUCAAAGGUUUUUCCUUUCAACAUGUCCCUUAUACCCAAUGCAGUUUAGAUGCGGACUCAGAAUAAUAUUAGAAUGCACAACACUUGCUCAAGUCUAGUUUGUCUUUGAUUCAUAAGAGCAACUGGAAAUUGUGCUGUGGAGAGAACCUAUUACCUCUCCAACACUUGCUCUUUGCUCCCUCCUCUCCCUUCUAUCAUGGCCCAGUCACUUUCUCUGUAAUUAGUCUGCGGCCAGAUUCUGAAAAAUCCUGCAGCAUCUGGAAGAAGGCCAACCAGGGACCUCCUUUAUCAGUAUUAGCAGACUCCCAGGAGCUGGGGGAUGCAUGAGAAGUCCUGCUCCCUCCAGAGUAAGGUCUGGUCACAGCCAGUCGUAAAUGGAUUUCUGAGCUCCACACUGCUAGGAGAUUCAUAGCAGUGUCCCUUGUUGUCCCCUGCACAAAAGAGUACUUUUUCCAGCAAGAAGCGGCAAGUUGAUGGCAUGGAUACAAAUCUGUGAAAUUCUUUUCCUAAACUGUCUUAAAUACCGCUCCCUGAUGAAGAGAUGAAUUGUGUCACACACGCUAAGUCAGAUGCUUCAAUCUAUUGUCCUGAUUGUGGUCCCAUGACCACUUAAAACGUGGACUGUCAGUAUCAGAACUUUAACGGCAGUAGGUUGUGACUGAGAGUGUGACCCCACAUUAGGACACUUUCUGGCUUUAACUUUGUUGUCCCCUUAAUUUGUCACAUGGGUGGACACUUCAGCCUGGGUUCCUCUGAAUUCUGUCUUCCACAAUUAAGUCUCUGUGAUGUGUGAUUCAAUCAGGUUGAGACCUGAGGGGGAGCAAGGCACAAGACAUAAACUGGACAUGAAAAGGUUUCUCCAGUUGAAGCUCUCAGGCAACUCUGCAACAGUACGCACGCUAUAUGAUGGGGUUAAAUCGAAUCCAUUCUCUCUCCAAAGGGCACGGAGGUUUGUAGAACAUUAAGCUUCAUGUGUCCAUUGUCCCGACAUGACCUUAGUCUGUAUUAAUAUGAAUAAUGCUUCUGUAGCCUCUAACAUGAGUCCUGGACAUUCGCUGUUGUUCAAGAAUUAACAUAGUUCAAACUGUGAAAGUAAGUCAUUUGUAAAUUUCACAGGUGCUAUAUACAGAAACCAAUAAAAUGUCUUUCAUUCAUCGUAGAUUCACCUAUUCCAACCUUGCACAGAGAGAAAAAGGACUGAUAAUGUUAGCUGUAAUCUUCAGUGUUAAGUAUGACAGGACUCGGUAAUGGGACACUGGACUGGGGGUAUGGAUCUCAUAUAAGCCGCUGCAAUUCGGCUCCUGCACUUACAAUCUGAAUUCCACUCAGUGUACAUUCAUUUAAACUGUGUCCACAUUGGUUUUGAAACCGCCAAUGUGGUUUAGAUAGCAAGCAUUUGAGGAACAGGAGAAGCUUUAUUGGUAUGGUGUUCACACAUUUGGAUCAGGUCCUUAGUAGAUCUCCGAGAAUAAUUUACAGGACAACAUACAUCAUAUACAGACACCAUACCGAUGCAGACGUUAUUCAUACAGUGCAAGAGUAAAGAUAAAACUGUGGUAGUCAUAGAACUCACACAUCGCAUAGGCAUAUCACACGUUAACGGAUACAAAAAGCUUACAUUUCUACAAGCCCAUGUCCCCCUUAAAGUUCAAUUGGUUCGUUAGGACCGGGCUUUCUGGGAAGAUGGGCAUUAGCAGCCAGACAGUGUUCGUAUCAGCAGCCAGACGGAAGGCUCGGGUUGUAAUUUAUGAGAGAAUCGCAGCAGCCAGACUACCGACUGUGUACGGCUUGGCCCCUGGGUAUGCUGAAAAAAGA